CCGCUUCUCGUUGCCAGGUUACUAAAUCAUAAGUCUGUCCAGUUCUCCGACCUUCUCCGCGUGCUUCUUGAUGCUUACCGAAUAGCAGUGUUGACAUGAUGGCAGUAGCGUCUCUCGUCAUGCGCACGUCGAAGCGAAGUAUCUUACCACCCCUUGUCGUGAUUCUGGGGGCCACUGGUACUGGCAAGUCCAAACUGGCCAUUGAAAUAGGAAAACGUCUUGAAGGCGAAAUAAUCAGCGCAGAUUCCAUGCAGAUUUACCAAGGGCUGGACAUCAUCACCAACAAAGUGACUGCAGAAGAGCAAGCUCAGUGCGCACACCACAUGAUCAGCUUCGUGGACCCGCUGGUGACCAACUACACGGUGGUAGACUUCAGGAACAAGGCCCUGUCUCUCAUUGAGGACGUGCACGGCAGAGAGAAGCUGCCCAUCAUCGUGGGAGGCACCAACUACUACAUCGAGGCCCUGCUGUGGGAGGUGCUCACCGGCACGAGGGAGAGCAAAGGAGACGGCAGGAGUUCACCCGAACGCAGGGCGAAGCUGGAGAACCUGGGCGGGGCAGAGCUGCACCGCCGGCUGUCUGAGGUAGACCCUGACAGGGCGGCCGUGCUCCACCCCCACGACGUGCGCAAGCUUGCAAGGAGCCUGCAGGUGCACCAGGAGACCGGCGUACCCCACAGCCGUCUGCUGGAGGAGCAGAGGGGGCAGGAGGGCGGCGGGGAGCUGGGCGGGCCCCUGCGCUUCCCACACACCUGCGUCUUCUGGCUGCACGCCAACAUGGAAGAUCUGGAUGGGAGGCUGGACAGGCGUGUGGAUGCGAUGCUCUCGGCCGGACUGAUCCAGGAGCUGCAGGAGUUCCACCGGCGGCACAACGAGCAGAAGGUCCAGGAGAGCAGGCAGGACUACCAGCAUGGCAUCUUCCAGUCCAUCGGCUUUAAGGAGUUCCACGAGUACCUGACUGCGGACACCGAGGUCAGCGAGGAGAAGAGGGCUGAGCUGCUGAAUACAGGCGUAGAGCGUCUGAAGAUAGCCACCAGGCAGUACGCUCGAAAGCAGAACAAGUGGGUCCGCAACCGCUUCCUGAAGAGGUCUGGAGCCAAUGUCCUGCCAGUGUUUGGACUGGACGUAACAGACGUAUCAGAUUGGGAGAAGACCGUUCUCACACCUGCUUUAGAGGUUCUGGCUAGUCUGCAGAAGGGAGAGACGCCAUCGCUGGAGCCAAUCAGAAUGGGAGGGGAGGAGCAGAAAAACAAGUGCAUUCGACACGAGUGUGAGCUUUGUGACAAGUUGAUCAUCGGAGAGCUGGAGUGGACCGAACACCUGAAGUCCAAAAACCACCGAUACCAUUUGAGAAAGAAGAGGAAGUCUGAAUUUGCCACAGAACAGCACAAGGCCUCCACAUGCGACCUGCCACCCAGGACCGAGUGUGCUUUGUAGGCUAGCACCAGUGCUCUAGCCCCUGGCUCUGAACAGGCCUACAUGGGGCCAGACACAGGGAGCCUAUUCCUGCUGAUGCCACAGUGUGUUUUAAACUGUGUGUCCACCAUCAAACACUACUUAACUCGCCUGGACUUAUGUGCUACUCGAACUGAACCAUUGGGUGGUGCUGAUGCAGGUAACUGGAGGAUUUGUAGGCCUUUGUGGGGUCCAUUUUGGCUCUAGCAAACCCUGACUUUGGAAUGGACACUCUGUUUCAUAGUCCUCCUCUCCCUAAGACCAGUAAUCUAAUCAGUGGCUCUGGUCUGCAUCUGUCAGAAGGUAGAAAGUAUCUCUCAAAGGAGGAGGUAGCUCUCAGGCAUGAAUCACUUUAUUUUACUCCCAAACGGCAAACUGCGCGCUUGUGUGACACAAGAACAUGCCAGUGCAUCACUGACAGCAAACUUGUGAACAGCUGAAGUCUGCGCUGCUCUCAGAUGCCAAGGAUUCGCCAAGGAUUGCCUGGUCAGAGUGUGCCAGCACCCUGCCGAUUUGGCAGUUUGAUCCCGUCACGGUUUGGAUCAAGACCCUGUAACACAGCCAGCACACUUACGAGUGACGCAUUUUUCUUUCCCAGGAACGUCCUGUGCUGCUGCUGCUGCUUGUUUAUGUGCCUUCAUAUUUACACAGGGACUGGAGGAGUGUGGAGUCGAAUGUGAAGGGAAAGGGAGGCUGCUUCCAAUCUUCUUUACCACAAAUGUCAGUCAUUUCAAAGAAAGUGCAUCUUUUUGUUUUUAAUAUUCAUGACUGGGCAUAAUUUUCUUAAGCAAUGAUACAUAUUUUGAGAAUAUAGUGUCAUAAAUGAAAAUGGGAAUACAGUUAUUCUUUGUUUUAUUGGCUAUUUUAAAAUUGAGUUAACUGAAUAAAGCAGUGCAAUGCAGUUGCUCAUCAGUGUUGCUCAAGGAGCUGUGAACUGGGGAGGACCUGUUCUUACUGUCACUUUCGCAAGGAUGGGCACAGUGCCAGACCCAGUCUCACACCCCCUCCCCUGCCCCGCCCAAAUGUCCUCCUAUGAGAAUACCCACAAACCUUGAGUAAUGCUUUCAAGUGAUUCAUUCUUCACUGUGUUUAUAAAUAUAUAUGUGUGUGUGUGUGUGUGUGUGUGGGGAACGCCUACAAAAUUUUUAUCCAAGCCUGUGGUGAGUUUCCAUUGACAGUUAGAGACCUGACCAUAAGCAUAUUUCUCUUUAGAAGAGAUGCUUUCUUUCUCUCCUAUGGUUUUGAAACCUUGAUCUCACAAAUAUAGCCAUUGAUCUUGUCAGCAGAGGUCCACACAACCUGACAAAAGGUUUAUACAAGUUAUUGCACAUUUCAAUGUCUGAAAGGUUGUUGGUGAGACUAUUAAAUUGGAACAAAGUAAACUACAGAGUAAUGUAUGGUAUAUUUGGUGUAAAACUAUGAAAGGAAUUAGUGCUAAUUAAUAAAAGUAAUUCAGUGCAGCUGACAUGA